UUCUCUGGAAUCGCCGACUUUGAUUCUCCUUCUCCUCCCCGUCCUUUUGCCGUAGAGCAAUUACAACAACAAAAUCAAUCAAAGUUUACUGCUGAAGCAGCUGAUUUUCCAAGCUUCUCUGGGAUUGCGGAUUUUGAUUCCCCGUCUCCACUUUCUGAUAAAGUAAGAGCAUCAAAUGUUGUUCUGGACAGUCGUGAAGUUUGUGACAAGGAUGGCAACGCUGAUGAAACAAGAUCUAGUUCUUCAUAUGGUGAUUCUGAUCUUGUUCCUCAUCCACCAGGAGAAGAGGGGAAACUGGUGAAAGUGAGGAUUGAGGGUAGCCGGAGCCCUUGUAGAGCAUCAAGAAAUGAUGGUUAUCGUAGCAAGAUGGAUAUUGAAAUUACCAAAACAGAAGAGUCCAAAGGUUUGGGGAUUUCGGAUUGCGAUUCUUCACCUUGGGUAAAAACUGCUCUUGAGAAUAGCUAUGGAGGUGGUGUGAAUGAAAUAAGGGAUAUUCUUAAUGAUUUAAGCUCAAGGCUUGAGAUUUUAUCCAUUGAGAAGAAAAGGGAGCCUAGGAGGAUUGACUUGAAAGAUGAUUCUAAGCAUUUAUCUAAGAGUGAAGUGAACCAUGCAAAAAACAAUGAAGAAAUUCCUGACUAUGAAAGUGCUGCUUCUUCAUUUUCAACCUCGUCUGGUUCAUCAGUAGCUUCUGCUAAGGAAUCUGACAUUGGAUAUUCUCAUAUUGAUGAUUUUAAAAAGAAUAAUGAUUUUGAUGAUGCAUCUCAGAUUCGUAAUUCUUAUGAGAAGUUAGAAAGUGGCAUGAAGAUUUGUCAGCCACCUAAAAAUGACAUUAAGAAAGUUAUAGUCAACUCUGAUUCAGCUAGACGAUCAUUUGAGUCCACUUCAAGAGAAGAAGGGGAAAACGAGGAUGAUGAUUGUUUUAUUGUGAGUGGGAAGGAUUUUAAUAAGAAAGGAGUGAAGUGGCAUAAGUCCAAUCAUCUUUAUGAAGAUUCUGAUAAUUUUGAUGCAUUGGAAGAUCCUGCUGAUGUUUUUGUUUCAGAGGAGGAGCACGUAAUUACUUUGACUGGUCCAAAGUUUACCUUUAGAUUACCUGGAAAAAUUGGCAAAAUGUUGUAUCCUCAUCAGCGUGAUGGAUUGAAGUGGCUUUGGUCUCUCCACUCUAUGGGUGUUGGAGGUGUAUUGGGUGAUGAUAUGGGUUUAGGCAAGACAAUGCAGAUUUGUGGUUUCCUAGCUGGACUCUUCCACUCAAAUUUGAUUAAGAGGGCCCUGGUUGUUGCUCCUAAAACACUGUUGCCCCAUUGGGUCAAAGAACUUUCAACUGUGGGCCUUGCUGGAAAGACAAGAGAAUAUUUCGGAACUUCAGUGACUACAAGGCAAUAUGAGCUUCAAUAUGUACUACAGGAUAAAGGUAUUCUUUUGACAACUUACGACAUCGUGCGGAAUAAUGUAAAGUCAUUAAGUGGAGAUUACUAUUAUAAUGAUGAAGGAAGUGAGGAUGAAAUGACGUGGGACUAUAUAAUUCUUGACGAGGGUCAUCUGAUAAAAAAUCCCAGUACACAGAGGGCAAAAAGUCUGCUUCAGAUUCCUGCAGCACAUCGUAUUAUUAUUAGUGGCACACCCCUUCAAAACAAUCUCAAGGAGUUGUGGGCCUUAUUCAACUUUUGCUGUCCUGAGAUUCUAGGUGACUAUAAAUGGUUUAGAGAUAAGUAUGAGAAAUUAAUUAACCGUGGAAAUGAGAAAAAUGCGUCUGAUAGGGAAAAGCGCAUUGGUUCAACUGUUGCAAAGGAAUUAAGAGAAAAAAUUCAACCUUACUUUCUUCGCCGUUUGAAAAGUGAGGUAUUCAGUGAAGAUGAUUCCAGCAAUAGCUCCAAACUCUCUAAGAAGAAUGAGAUCAUUGUGUGGUUAAAAUUGACUAGGUGCCAGCGACAAAUCUAUGAAGCUUUCUUGAAAAGUGAGAUAGUCCUUUCAGCUUUUGAUGGUUCUCCUUUGGCUGCACUCACGAUCUUGAAAAAAAUAUGUGACCAUCCACGUCUCUUGACAAAAAGAGCUGCUGAGGAUGUGUUGGAAGGCAUGGAUUCAAUGCUAGACCAGCAAGAUCAUGAUGUGGCUGAGAAACUGGCAAUGCAUAUAGCAGAUGUUGAUAAAAUGUUUGACUUUGAGGAGAAGCAUGAUAUUUCCUGCAAGACAUCAUUUAUAUUGUCUUUGCUGGAUGAUUUGAUUCCAAAGGGACAUCACGUGCUUAUAUUUUCACAGACACGAAAAAUGUUAAAUCUAAUUCAGGAAUCUCUCAUAUCCAAUGGUUAUGAAUUCACGCGGAUUGAUGGCACAACUAAAGCCUGUGAUAGAUUGAAGAUUGUUAAUGAUUUCCAAGAGGGUCGUGGGGCACCUAUUUUUCUUUUGACUUCCCAAGUUGGUGGUCUAGGUCUUACACUCACGAAAGCAGAUCGUGUGAUUGUGGUUGACCCAGCAUGGAACCCAAGCACUGAUAAUCAGAGUGUUGAUCGUGCAUAUCGUAUUGGACAAAUGAAGGACGUGAUUGUGUAUCGAUUGAUGACUUGUAGCACCGUCGAAGAGAAAAUUUAUAGACUGCAGAUAUUCAAGGGAGGACUUUUUAGGACAGCUACAGAGCACAAAGAGCAAAUGCGAUAUUUCAGUAAACAAGAUCUUCAAGAGCUGUUUAGUCUACAACAAGGUUUUGACAUAUCUGUUACGCAGCAGUUGCUUGAACAGCACGGUCAGCAACAAAUGAUGGAGGACUCUUUAAAAGCCCAUAUUAAGUUCCUCGAAGGUUUGGAUAUAGCUGGAGUUAGUCAGCACAGUUUACUCUUCUCAAAGGCUGAGCCUGAACCAGUUGCUCAGGAGGAGGAGGUGCCAAGGGUGAGGGGCGCUACAUUCAGGGCAAACUCUUCCUCGCGCUUGUCUAAUGAAGAAGCUCAUAGUGCACAAUAUGCCUUCAACCCUAAAGAUGUGAAGCUGCUGCAGAAGAACUCUUCUCCUAGUGCAAGUGAACCUACGGAGGCUGAAAUCACUGAGAAAAUCAACCGGCUAUCUCAGAUUCUUGGCAAUAAGGUACAUUAAUUUUGGAGAGUUGCUG